CCUCUUUGCAAAACAGUCUUUUGAAAGGAAAAUGUCUUAUACUCGAUCAUCCAUCGUGAGCAGAAACUGGUGGGAUGAUUUUGAAAUCCCAUCUCGUCUGCGAGACCAACAUUUCGGAUUGGGGCUUAGUGAUUUAGACCUCGACGCUUCACCAUCCUUUUACAGGGGCUAUUUUCUAAGACCUAGGAGACAGCUAAGCAGUGGCGGCACUUCGGAGGUAAAAGCAGAUCCUGAAAAAUUCCAGGUAAAAAUUUUUUAUCUAUGUCUUAAAAAAUAUUAUUUGGUACUUGCGCAAAAGAAAAAUGAUAUACAAAAAACGCCAUUAGGAAAUUCAAAAUUAAAUAAAAAAAUAAUAAUAGCAAUUAAAAGA